AUGGACACGCAACCGGUAAAUUCGAUUUCGAAGGGUUUAUAAAUGCUUAUUUGUUCAGAACCUCGUUGUCAAUUUAUUUGGUAUUGAACUGAAGCAAAAAGUGAUAUAUCGUCACCUCGUCCACAUCAAGUUAUUCCAGCCGGCGACAGCAACGGACUUCAUUUUGACCACAGUUUCUUUUAAGUGAAACCUUUAAUUUGAAUGUCUCAAAUUGAAAAAAAAUGAUUCAGAGGCCGCGGGAAUCGCGUGUCGAAAAUAAUCGACAAUCAUUUGAUAGCUCGGCGAAUGAUGGAAGAUUUUGCAAAAAAAGACAGCAGAUGCAUCGCUGCGAAAAGGGCGCCGGCGAUCGCCUACGAUGGCGGCGGACUUCUUUUCUCCACAGUUCCAAUCAACGUUGUGAGUCCUUUUUCAUAAUUUCUUUUUUUUACGCUUUUAAAUCACUUGUAUUCUUUUUCAGUGCGUCGAUCUUUCAACGGAUGAGGCGUGCGCGAUCCCGGGGCUUUCCAACUACUUGAAGGAUUCGCUGCAGUUCAUGGAGGGCUCUAUUGUGGCUUUCAUCAAGCCAGACGUCGACAAGCCGUCGUUUGUAUUAUCCGUUAUUAAGAAAAUAGAAAAUAAUUUGAUAAAAAUAUAAAAACCAAAAACUUUAACGAAACUUUUUUUAAGUUCAUAUUAUUUGUUAUUUUAUUUUUUUAUUUUGAAAUAAUUUUUAAUGUUGUUUUUCAGUUUUUGAUCAGUGUAAUGAGACUGAGUGGAAGGAUUCGAGAUUUUGCUCGUAUCUGGACAUUGUCACUUCGCAGUAUGCCGUUGAAACGUCAGUAGGAAAUAAGUUCGGAAAGUUAAAAACUGAAAUUUUCAGCGGCAAGUACGUUUCUCAUUCUCGAGGCCUCUACCUCCACACUCAAAUGAAGGUAUUUUAAAUGUAAAUCGUGUUCAUUUUUUUUAAAAAUGUUGAUGCUUUCUAGGAAAACUCGAAAGUUGACUGGGCUUAUACAGCGCACGGAGUUCAUAAAAGUUGCCGGAUUGUUGGUGUCGAAAAGGCGAUGCCAGUUCUUGAGCUCGAUCGUGAGCAUGAUCAGAAAAUGAGCCAAUAGUUUAAAAAAUAUCAUUUCCAGCUCGCACGAUCCAGCAUUUCCAGCCGUGUACGCUUGAUCAUCUUGUGUUGAAAGUUUUCGGCAGAAUUCCUCAAAACAGAAACGUGAACAUGCACUCGUUUUAUCAAAGGAUGGAACGAUUUCUUCGGGGUUUCAAUCAAGAUUGAUUCAUUAAAGCAACUCAAUUUUGUGAAUUUUUAGGCCUGCGCUGCAAUCCUUACUAUGCAGAUAUCGAUAAAUGGGCAACGACAACUCAAAUGGUCACUGGAAUCGAUCACGAAGCGCAGAAGAAAAAAGAAUAUCAGCAAAAAUUCCCCAAUUUGAGGUAGAAUGCAAUGAGAAAUGGUUUUAAUUUAUUUGUUAUGAGAUACCCUGAUCUUCCGGCGGCUAUUUGUGGAACUUCACAUCGGAAAAUCUUUCCGUUGGAGUAUCUGAAAAUCUUGCCAUAUUCCACUCUCGACAAGCAAAUCGUCAGCGAAUUUGACCUAAUUGUAAUUUUGAAGCUUUUUGGUCUCAAGUCGUUUAAAUUCAGCCAAAAGCUAUGCCGCCAGAGGAGCGCUGGAGAAUUGGCGCCAGUCACUUCGCGGAAUUCAAAUUCCAUAAUCCUGUCCUUCAAGAAUUCGGCGUUGCUUUUGUGCAAUGACCCCGAGCAACGCGUAAAACUCAAAACGGAACAAUAGAAAAUUAUGUUUUUUUUUUCAGGUGAGCGCUUUGAAAGGUGAGCGCGUCGAUGCCCCAGCGGUGAAAUAUGCCGCUAGACAAGUUCGCGUCGACGAUGAGAAGGUGAUUCCCCUAUUCGUGAAAGAGGUCAAUUUUUAAAAUUUUAAGCGAGACUGGAAACCGUUCGACGCUAAAUUUGUCGAAGCUGGCAGAAUCGACUACUUUGUGACAGUCAUUAUUCUUUCGCAAUCGAGGAACCCAGCUCUGGACCAAAAAAUGACUUCGAAUGUCAUGGAGCGUUUUUUUCGGCGUUGUGCGGAGAGAGGCCUCGGCAUUCGAGAAAAUGUACGUUUUCAGGACUUAUUUUGCGCUUUUUUGUUUAACUCAAUUUUCUUCAUUGCCUGCUAAAUUAAUGUGCUCUAGGUGUCAUUGACUCAUAUAAGAAAAUGUUUUUUACGGGUUACUCAGGCACUGACGGCGCGUGUUUGUCGCCAAAAGUGCGCAUAGGCGUCGCCUGCCGAUGGUACGAAAAGGUCUCAAGUCCGUGAAUCUUGAGGACCGUAAGCCUGUAUACGCAUAUCUCAAAGCCCAUAAUUUUGAAAACUACAAUCUUGGAAAUCAAAAAGCUAUAAUUCCCCUCUUUUUUUUUUUACAAAUUUCUUAAUGAAUUCUCUUGCUCCGCUCACCGAAUUCAAUUUCUGAUGUAAUUUAUUCGAAAAAGCGAUAAUUUUUGUUCUCCAAGAUUUCGGUUUCCAAAACUAAUGUAGUUCGAUAUGUGCGUACACAGGCUUACGGUCUCCAAGAAUUUGUCGUACAAUUUGCUGCGCGUAAGCGCGAGGUGUCACAGAUUUCAAACUAAUUAAAAAGUUAUAAAUUUAAUAUAUUUUGCGUCUGCUUAUUUUUUUUUUCAUUGCGCUGCUCCAGGUUAUACCAAUUUGAAAGCGUUAAAUUUUAAUGCUGCGCUCAACGCUAACUUGACACGCGCAGCGAAACAGUUUUUCUAGUUCAAAAGUGCGAGCCGGAACGCAGCAGGUUCCCACAGCGUGAUUGGACGGCUCCGGCUUUUUGGCAAAUUUCCGAUAUAAAUUGAUUUCAAAAAUAUUCUUUGCGCCAGAUGGGCGGGGCCAACCAAUUACACUGUGGAAACCUGCCGCGUUUCGGCUCGUGCUUUUGAACCAGAAAGUACUGUUUUGCUCAAAUUAGCUUUGUACGCAGCAUAUACGGGGAUUCGGCGCGUGAAUUGGGCGUUAUUAUUUUUGCCUCCGAUAUCGCAUUACCGGUGGUAGGAAAAAAGACGGCGGACUUCUUUUUUUCAAACGGCAACUUUUCCGAUUUUUUAUAUCGCUAGGGAGCUUUCCGACGAAAUUUUUUUCUUCGUUUCAAAUAUUUCUAUAUAAAGUAGGCAAGUAAUUCAUGAUUAAAACGCAAAGAAAUAGAAAAAAAAAGUUAAUAGUUGUUUUAUGAUGUCGUGUUCAAAAAAGUUCCGGCGAUUUCAAAAUAGACGCGUUAUUUGUUUAUAAGGAUUUCGGGAAAUAGGCAGAAAUAAUCCGGGGAGGCGCAGAAAAAAUGAGUUUCACAACGAUAUAUCGUUAGAUAUGCAUUUUUACGGUGACACGCGCCAAUUCGAAAUUUUCAUAGAAAACGCCCGAAUUAAGUCAAAAUUUUGAACACGGAAUUAUAUUCCCAACUAUCCUCAAUUAUCGCAGAUCAUACGCUGUUACGACCCUCAAAAUCGACAAAAUCCUGCGGAUUUUCUCACCAUCGUGUUCGCUGAUGUAUUGGACCAUAUACGGGGAAGAUCAAUUGAACCGUUCGUUUUCCUCGUCUCAGAUGACGUACCCAACAUUCACGGUGAGAAUUUUUAUGCUGCGUUCGAAAAUAAUUUGACGCGCGCAGCGAAAAAGUUUUUCUGGUUCAAAAUCACGAGCCGAUACGCAGCAGAUUCCCUCGACCUGAUUAGCUGGCCCCUCCCAGCUGGCAAGAAAAAUAUUUUAAAAAUAAAUUUAAAUUCGACAUUUGCCAAAAAGGCGGAGCCAACCAAUCACGUCGUUGGAACCUGCUGCUUUUCGCCGCGUUUCGGCUCGUGGUUUUAAACCAGAAAAACUUUUUCGCUGUGCGUGCUUCAAAUUAGCUUUAAACGCGGCAUUGAUGUUUUAAAAAUUGAAUUUGAAUUCCAGAGUUUUUAAAGUUCGAAGAGCGUAUCAGCGAUAUUCCUACGCAGCAUGUUCUCAUAAAAAGCAUCCGAUCAAUUAACGACACUUUGAUGAAGGGAAAAAUGUCCCAAACAAUGGAAAAUAUCAUCCUGAAGACCAAUGUCAAGGCUGGGGGCAUCAACUAUAUUGCGGAUAUUCCUGAUCAGUAAGUGUUUUUUUUUAGUAUACCGUGUUCAAAGUAAUUUCCGCGGAAUGCUAACUUAUCUUUGAAUCUCCAAAAUUUAGUUAUAUUUUACUUUCUCUGACGACCAUUUUGCAUGUCGCGGAAUCACUUUGAAGACAGCAUAUUUGAGGUUCGAGUAAGUUUGAUGUGGGUGUAUUUAUAUUUGUCUGAAGCAGCCCAUUGGCUUUUUUGAUAACUUGUACUCCAUAAAUAAUCAUUUCUAUGUUUCAGGCUCGCUUCUUGGAAUCACGAGCCUCCGUUCGUCAUUGGCCUCGAUGUCUCUCAUCCAGACAAACCAGUGUUCCGCGAUCGCGUCCCGUCGACUGUAGGCCUUUCCUGCAAUUCUGGAGAUAGUUCAUAUACCUUCAUUGGGGACUUUGCCUUUACAACUCCGCGAAGAGAAUCGGUCGAUUAUUUUUUUUUAUACAUCACUUGUACAAAUGAAGUUUUCAGGUUGAUCCUGUCAUUUUGAGAAAGUUUGUGACAGACAACUUCCGCAAAUUUGUUCGCGUCCGAGGUUUUCCAAAAAGGGUGUACAUUUUUCGUGAUGGUGUCUCCUGUGGCGAGGAGUCCGAGGUUCAGACUUGACAAAAAACUUAUCGAACAGAUUCUUUUUUUAGGCCGUCAUUGAGACAAAUGUGAUCUCCGACGCUAUUGUGGAAGCGGCGGAAGAAGAAGGCGCUCGCGGCUACGCGCCGUUGGUUCUUUCCAUCGUGGUGAAGAAGCGCCACAACACUCGCUUUUAUCUGAACCGAAACAAUCAGCCCAAGGUAAUACUUUGAAGACGAUAAUAACUCUGAACUGAUGCGGCCAAAGGCGCGCCCCAGUUUUUCUCUGCCGCGUGUUAUUUAUUCACUCUCUGACUGCGAGGAAACGAUGAAAUAGCAUGCGGUAGAGAAAUUUUCGGGCGCUCUGGGUCAGAGAAGUAGAGAAAAGUUAGAUUUUGGAUAGAAGAAUGAAUUCCAUCAAUACCUAUGUAUGAAUAAACAUGAAAUAAAAAGAUCUCUUUUCCAGAAUCCAUUGGCGGACACUGCUGUCGGAGGAAUCGUGGCGGAGUACGGCAAGAGGCAGAUCUUCAUACAAGCCUUCCGCCCGAUCCAAGGAACUGCCAAGAUCCCAUCAUUUCUUGUGAUUCGUGACGACGAGAACAUCGACGACGAAUAUCUUACGAAAAUGGUCUGCGCAAUAUGCUCUCUUCAUCAGGUUAAAAUCAUUUUUAAGGUGAAUUACAAUGAACACUUCAGAUUGUCAAUGCUCCGACGUCGAUUCCAACGCCGGUUUUCGUAUCGCACGAGUUUGCGAAGCGAGGAAGUGACUUGCUUCGCGCUUAUAAGUCAGUUUGCAACGAGAAUUGAUUUUUUAGACUAAAAAUUUCAGGCUGAAAACGAACCAACUCUCGGAAGAAAAUGACCUGACGUCGCUGACGGCUCAACUCUCUUACUCGGCUUGCACGCGUCUUUCCAAAAUUCGUGUUGUAUAA